AGUCUUCUCUGCCCGAAUCCUGACCAUAUUCGCUCACUGUCAAGGUUCAAAAUGACACAUGACGGGAAAGUAUGGCUCGUAACCGGGUCAUCCUCCGGCUUUGGACGACUCGUGACGGAGACAGAAGUGCUGUCGGAUCUCUCGUCGAAAUACUCCUCCUCGCAGCUUCUCACGCUUAAGCUCGACGUCACCAAGUCAGAUGAAGUCAAGCAGGCCUUCAGCGCCGCGCACGCGCACUUUGGUCGGGUCGACGUCGUGUUCAAUAACGCGGGGAAGUUAGUCCUCGGACCAGUCGAAGGCACCCCGGACGACAUGGCGCGCGACUUAUUCGAACUGAACCUCUGGGGCGCGGUCAAUGUCACUUCGGCCGCGCCAGCUGGGGGACGUUUGAUACAGAACUCUUCGGUCUGUGGAUCUCGGGGUCUCCCCGCCUCGUUUGCCAUGGAGGGCAUAUCCGAGGCUCUCGCUGUGGAAGUUGACCCAGCCUGGAACAUCAAGGUAGGCGUCGCAACUACACCUCCGCGUCAUCAUCUCGAACCCGGUUCAUUCUACACAGGCGGUCACGGUAGAGGAGACGUCGCCCCUGCGCAUCCUGCUUACAAGCAACCCGACCUGAGCAAGAUGCUGAAGGGCGAGGGUAUGUCAGACCCAAUCAAGGGCGUGGAGAUCAUCUACCGACUCGGUGGCCACGAUGGUGACAAAGCGAAGAAGUUGCUCGCGGCUGCCGAAGAAUAUGCAUCGUGGUCAGAGGCGUUGGAGCUAAACCCUAGGCUGUAGCCCCCUUCGCAGUAUAAGGCUCCUGCACGCAGUAAAGGCGUGAGCAGAAUAAUUUUAAAGGGGUGUGUCCCAGAUACAAGCUUGCGAAGGCGUGGCUUAGCCCCGAGACCCACUGAUACUAAGCAUUCAAUUCAAUACUCAAGCCAUCUGCAAUGCUGGUGGCCUCAAAGCAUCUCCCCGUCACGAAGUGGGC